UGGAGUGCCAUAGACGGGUCGGUCAUUUAUUCAAAAAACGUGAGUUAGUGAAAUCUAGCUCAAUCAAUAUUCCGGACCGGAAUUGGGUCUUGGAAUUUUUUGAGUUCAUGGAAGAAAAGUGUUUCUCACUUUGGAAUAGAAGUGUUUGAACUAAGAAGAGAAGUUUUUUGACUAAGAAGAGAAGUGUUUUUAUUAAGAAGAGAAGUGAGCCAUCGUACAUCCCCCCAUCGUGGGCAAAAUAUGCAAGGUGUCCCGUAUUGGGCAAUUCAUACAAUUUAAAACAUAAAUUCUAACAGGUCGGAUAAGUGUGCACUUAUACGAAAUAGGCUCUACUCUACAAAAUAGUUGAUACACUACCAACUGGAAAUAAAUACUGGCAAUUCAUUUUGUAAAGGUUGAAUAUUUCCCUAGGAAUCUUUUACAGUGACUUUAAUGUGUUAAAACGCAUUAAAGUCGAGAAGAUACUUUUCUGGGAAGGUUAAGUUAUUGCGAAAAAAUAUUUACCACAAAAUUUUUUUCCUAAAAUUUAUAGCUAUAGCUAGCUUGUUGCUAACUAAAAAAGCUACCUUAGUGUCUUUUGUCAGUCUUAUCUUUCAACGUCGGCCCACCUAUAAAUGCUUGCUGUCCAGUUCGUAAACAGGGCACUCCAUUGAAAGUUAGGUUUGAACGUUGAAAGAUCGGUGGACCCAACUAUUAAAUGUCUGGGGGCAUAGCUUUUAAAGAUUUAAAUAAAAAACUGUGGCGCUUGAAGAUACGCCACCCAUUUCAAUCUAUUAUCAAAGCAAAUCAUUUUUUUAAUACGCUCAAUGUGAUUGCAAAAAUAUAGAUUAGAAUAACAUUCAACACGAAAGAAAAAUUGAUCCCCAGGAUUGUGUUUUGGACAGCACGUAGACCAGUGGGUAAGUAUAGGGUAAGUGAAGUAAGGUAAUAAGUACUGGGUUAUGUCAUUUGUUUUAUGCAUAAGAAGGUAAUAUUAAUAAAAAAAUUAGACUGACAUAACUUAUUUUGCGAGUCUUUUCUGACUUGGUGGACUUGCGUAACAUGGUUGACGUGAAUCUGAAAAGACUCGCCUAUAAUCGAGUCGGAUUCAAGCCCUGAGCUAUUUAUGUUUCAAGAUAGAGAGAUAGAUAGAUGUGCAUAUUUUACAUGGCUAGCCUCACAAAUAUCGAGGGAUAUACCCUGUCUAUUAUUUCCAGGAGGGGCCAUGGUGUAGAUGGAGAGUCCUAGAGUAUUUAAUGCUCAUUUUGAGCUACGCAGACCCAAUUAGAGCCCGCUCUCUACUAGACAACUCCCGGCAACAUCCAACGGCCCACACAGUGUGCCAUCUUCCCAAUUUCCCUCACAUGGCUCACAUGUUGAAUUGCCGUCAAGAGGAAUCGAACCCCGGUCUCCCGCACAGAGUACGAGAGCUAUAACCACAAAUCUACGGCGCCACUUAAAUCUACGGCGCCACUAUACUGUGUCUGGUAUAAAAUCAUAGACCAAAAUUGUUCAUUCUUUAGUAUAAAAAAAUAAAAACAUCAUCUUAUGUACAUGUACAUAGUAUGGGCAAGUUAAUAACAAUGAUAAUUGGUUUGGGUAACCAUGUCAUAUUAGACACACGACACAGUAUUGGAAUGAAAGUGUGCAAUGCAUUAGCCACCCGUUACAAUUCUAAAUGGUGUUAUCAACAAAAGUAUAAAGCUUACACUGCUACCUUUACAUGGCAUGAUGAUGAAGUAAUAUUAUUAAAAUCAAAAUUUCCAAUGAAUUUGAAUGGUUGUAGUGUAUAUAGAGCUGUGAAAGAUAUGAACAUUGAACUGAAGAAUGUCAUCCUUCUACAUGAUGAUCUUUGUCGAGCGUUUGGUAAGAUCAGUUGGAAGUAUGGUGGAAGUGCAGGUGGACAUAAUGGCGUGAGAUCUGUGAUAUCAUCUUUAGCAUCCAAUGACUUCAGGCGUCUAAGAAUUGGAAUCGGCAGGCCAGAAAGUAAACGCGAUGUGAUAGAAUACGUGCUACAAAACUUUACUGAACACGAGUUAGAAAACCUAGAAACGGUUAUAAAUCGGUGCAUUUGUAUGUUAGACAUUGAUAUAAGUAAAACUCAUACCCGAGACAAAAGUCCUUGCACGUUUUUAAAACCGUUGAAGCCAGUUUAAACAGGAUAGAUGAAAUGAAACCAAUUUAGGGGAAGCUGUCUGUUCAGAUUUGCACGAUGAUCGAACACGUACCGAGUCAACACUCCGUAAUACAGUGUUGAUGAUACAGACACGGAUGAAAUUUCUGAACAAAAAAAUGUCUUUCUUAAAUACACAAACUGAUUUUACAUACAAAACUUUUUUUACAAAUUGUCUUAUAUAAUAGAUAUUUAUUUGUUAAAGUUAUUUAUUUUUAUACACAAAUAUAUACAUAUUUUUAGAUAGUCAAGUUAAAAAAAAGAAGGUUAAAUUCUUAUUUCCUUCGGGGUUUACCAUUUGCGAGGAUUUAUUUAAUUAGGGCGCCGUAUCGAUCAAUAUUUGCGUAUCCGUCUGUACGGAUUUUUUUGUGGUUAUUUAUUUUUUUCAAGAAAUUUAUUUGUUGCCUUAGUGUGAGUGUUUAACUGCUUCGGUUUCUUGUUUUUUUUUUGCAAUAAGACACAAAAACAACAAACCUAAAACGAUUAAUUGAAAAAAAAUUGCGAAUUUAACAAAAAUGGCUGAUGUUGAUGGAGAUCAUGUAGUUUUCUAUACUUUUACGUUUGAUUGUCUAAAGUAGAAAUUGUCCCUGAUGCAAUAGAGUUCUUGCACAAAAUUUAAAAUAGCGAGCAAAAACAAACAACAUGUCCAUUUCCUAGAAAUUUCUGGAAUUACUAGUAAUUUCCAAAAUAAUGUAAUGAAAAAGUUAGAAAUAUCAGGAAUUUGUUUGGUCGGAAAAAUGUCAAAAGUUUUACGUUCGAAUGGUCAAUAAGAUAUAUAACAAUAUAUAAUAAAAUCAGCUUGUAAAAAGCUUUAUUUUUAUCUUCAAAAAAAGAAACACUAUACACUCUUCCAAAAAGUAUUUUAUGCAACACACAUGUAUUAUUCGAAGUUUCCAUUUUGGUAUGAAAACGUCCUAGCUAAAUCAUAUUCGCGUUUAUGCUCCUUGCGCUCUUCUCCAGCGUGUGUUUAAUCGUUCUACUUCACACUCUAACUCCCCGAACUGCUUAAGUAAUCCAUACAAUGCGCAGGAGAGUAGGCCUGUUCCAAUCCCCGUCAACACAAAAGCUGCAACAGUAAAAGUGAUAAAAACCAUGCUUAAUUUGUGGUAUUCAAUCUUUAGUACAAAGCUACGUUUUUGCAAGUCAUUUAACAAUAUUUAAAAACGAUAAGAAGUAAAUUCGCAUAUCCAACGGUUAUUUUCGUCUUCUAAAUUCACAAUAACUUCUCCAAAGAUGAUGUUAGCGGAAAAUUCUACUAAGUUGUCCUCCCACCGUACGUAAACAAAUUCUUCUUGAGUUGCUCCCAAGAGAUUACCGCAAGCGAAUUUCGAAUUAAUCGUGAUAGAUUUAGCUUUCUAGAUUCGCUGUUUCGUAAACAAA